CUCUACACAGGCACUCCCAGCAGGAAUGAAUGAAUUAUUAAGUGGCAUCCGCCGGACGGGGAUGGGAGGGGGGUGGAAAAUGGGAAAAUGGGAAAUGGGCAAUAGGGAAUGGGCGAUUUUUUGCCAUGCAUUGUGGAGAUGCGCUAGUGGAUGGAGACCCCGAUGAUAAUAAUAAUUAUCAUCAUCCUUUGAACACGCUAAAUUAACCCGACGAGCAGCGCCGUCUCGUCUGCUUGGACUCGAUAGGUAGUUCCGACGGCGGCUUAGGUUGAGGCUAGAAAGUCCCGAAGAAAGGCAGGGAGUGGAGCCGUUGGAGGAUCGGAGGCGACCUUCAAUUCACACCCAGAAAGUUACGCUUGAUCGUGACGAUGACUGAAGUUACUUUCCUGCCUACACAGUAGUAAGUAAAACAGGGGGGGCAAUUACUUACUUUUACUGGAUGUAUCUACUACUAUUGGAUGUUACUUUACUUUUUGGGGGGAGAGGAGUAUUAUUUGCUUCUUCGGAUAAUAUUCUCCUGCUCUGCCUCAUCCCUUUUCCCCUGCAAGAUGUCAUAAGAAUGUGAUCGUGACUUGCUGAGAGUUCAUAUUGUUCAUGUUUCUUUUUCUUUUCCCAUACAUAUUUCUUACUCGACUAUGAUUCCUUUCCCCUGACGAAUCCGCAGCCGAGGACUGGAGGGAAAAUCCAGGAGUUUUUGGACUGGACGGACUUCCCGAUCGUCCGGCGUUACCAAUCCGUAACAGCAGAUCGGACGGAUUCAGGUUAGACUAUCCCCAAACCAGCACGGCAUUUUACCGAGGCCGCCCUGAGAAAAGAAAGAUAAUCUCCAAGCCGGGAUUUAGACGAUUAUCGGAUACUACGCCGGAGUGUUACUCUGGUGAGUGUUUCUGAUUUGUCUUAAUAGUUGGUAUUAUGAUGAUGGGGAUAAUGAUGACGAGAGACGCAAUAUACUAGCGACCUUGUAUACAGACAUUAACUCCGAGAUAGUCAUAUGAAAAUGAAAGAAGUAAUACAUCCAUCCAUCUAUCUACUUCUGCCCGGUUCUUGGCAGAUUCAUGACAUUCGUACCGGGUGGGUGGGAUGGACAAAUGCGGUGUUACUCCUGCUGCCCGUCCACGGUAAUAUCCAGACUGGAGGAUGGCUGCACCUCCAACCAGUCACUACCACUCGAUAUCCAUUCAUUCUUUCCCCCCCUUCCGCCGAAAGUCAUGAUGACAACAACCAUACACACACACCCUCUCCCUCCCUUCCUUGACCGCCUCUUGCUUUCCCACCCGCACCGGGCAUUCCUUCGAUCGAGGAUCUUCCGUAUCUUUUUCCCCUCCAUACCGCCCAUCGAUGAUUCAUUCAUCCCCGCGGCAUGCACAGGGCGGCCCAGAGUCAACCUUGUAUCAUCUCUCCAACCCUCGACCCUGAGGCAAUCAAGUAUGCAUCCCGGUCUGGUGGCAACAGGUUUAUUGGCCUCACGUACUGGGAACACGGUAACAUCAUCGAAAAUGGAUUAAUGCCCGCAUCUGAUAACUUUCCUCUUUGAGCGAUCUCCAUUGUCUUCCCCCACUCCUCCUCACGAUGUACACAGUCGUCCCCAUUAUUCUCCUCAUCCAAAACCCACCAACUGCCAAUAUCACUAACUGUACUGUAAGCACGGGAGUCUACUGUGUAAGGUACCACAAUAAUAAUCAUAAAUGAGGGUCCGCUUUCUCCAUUAAAAAAAAGCGGACACCUAAGCCGGUCUCCAACCGCCAUCGGAUAGACUACUUUGUAAUAGUCGCAGCUGAAAGAGAGACAGGGAGAGACAGACACACACAGAGAGAGACGUUUCUGGGCGACGGCUACAGACCACGGAACGCUCGACCGGUGAAUCUCCCAUCAAAUCAAAAUGGGGUGGCCUCUCAUUGGUAAGCG